AUGCCCUCUAACGAGAAGUUCCAGGCUGGCGAAUCCUACGCGGACCCGGAACCAACAAAGGGAAAGCCCAUCGAUCUCUCGGACCCUGUCGGUGCCGCCAAGGCCCUCUUCACGGACUAUGUCGCAGCCCGCGGGGAGCUGACCUUCCCUGAGCUGCUUUCCAUACUGAAGGACCUCAUGGCCAAGGGCCCGUCCGACGACAGGAAGGGUUGGGAGACCGAUAGCGCAACGGACCUCUUGAUCAAGUUCCUCACAGCUCUCCCCGCAGACUCUACUGUGCGGGCCCAGCUUACCAACAAAUUCAUCCAGAAGCUCUGGGGCGACCUUCAACACCCGCCGCUCAGCUUCAUGGGGAGCGAUUCCCAGUACGAGGUUGUCAAGGCCGGGGAUGCAAACACCGAGUCAGACGGUAAUGCCGCCAAGCACGACGUGGUCGAGUUCGAUGUGCCGGACAACGGCACCCGGCUGCGCGAGCGCGCGCACCCAUCCCUAAACGGCUCCCACCACUACCGCAUGCCCGACGGCAGCGGGAACAACGUACUGCAGCCUGACCUCGGCAAGGCUGGCUCGGCCUACGCCAAGUCGGUGCGCAGUGAGAAGCGACUGCACGGCGUGAAGCCUGACCCGGGCCUGCUGUUUGACCUGCUGAUGGCCCGCGACGAUGACACCUUCAAGGAGAACCCGGCCGGCAUAUCGUCCGUCCUCUUCUACCACGCCUCCAUCAUCAUCCACGACAUCUUCCGCACCAACCGUACCAACAUGAACAAGACGGACACUUCGUCCUACCUCGACCUCGCUCCCCUGUACGGGUCCUCGCUCAAAGACCAGAUCGAGGUCCGCACCAUGAAGGAGGGGAAGCUCAAGCCCGACACCUUCCACGAGAAGCGACUGCUCGGGCAGCCGCCCGGCGUCAAUGCCCUCCUGGUGCUCUGGAACCGCUACCACAACUACGUCUGUGAGAUGCUGCUGAAGAUCAACGAGAACGGACGCUUCACCCUCAGCUGCAGGCCGGAUGCCACCACCGAGCAGCGGGGUGAGGCUCUCGCGAAGCAGGACCAUGACCUCUUCAACACAGCCAGGCUCAUCGUCUGCGGCAUGUACGUCUCCAUCUCCCUGGGCGACUACCUGAGGGCCAUCAUGAACCUCCACCCCACAACUACAGAAUGGAGUCUCGAUCCCCGAGUCGAGAUUGGCAAGAACGAUGGCAACGAGCCCGUCGAGCGCGGUGUUGGAAACCAGGUCAGCGCCGAGUUCAACCUGCUCUACCGCUUCCACUCGUGCAUCUCGCGCAAGGACGAGCGCUGGAUCAACGACUUCUUCCUCGAGCUCUUCCCCGGCCGCACUGCCGAAGACCUGGAGAAUGUCAGCGUGCCGGAUCUCGGCGCUGCUCUGGUCGAGUUCGAGAAACGCACGGAGGUAGAUCCCAGCAAGCGCACGUUUGGCGGCCUGGUGCGCGAAGACGGCAAGUUCAAGGAUGAAGACCUUGUGCGGAUCCUCAAAGAGUCCAUGGAAGACCCAGCAGGCACCUUCGGCGCCCGCAUGGUCCCCAAGGCCCUCAAGGUGGUCGAGGUUCUCGGGAUCAAACAGGCCCGCAAGUGGCAGGUCGCAUCCCUCAACGAGUUCCGCGACUUCUUCCAUCUCAAGCGCUACGACUCCUUUCUGGAGAUCAACCCGGACCCGGAGAUUGCCAAGAUCCUCGAGAACCUGUAUGCUGAUCCGGACAUGGUGGAGAUGUACCCCGGCAUCAUGAUUGAGCAGAUGAAGCCCAGCAAGGCGCCCGGUUCGGGCAUCUGCCCGACGUACUCUGUCGGCCGCGCCGUCCUCUCCGACGCCAUCACGCUCGUCCGAUCGGACAGGUUCUUUACCGUCGACUUUACCGUCUCCAGCCUGACAGCCUGGGGCUACAAGGAGAUCGAGAGAGACCCCAAGACCCUGGGGGGCUCGAUGAUGUACAAGCUCAUCCACAGGGCUCUCCCCGAUUGGUUCCCUUUCAACUCGGUGUCUGCCAUGCAGCCCAUGUACACCAAGAAGGCCAACGUCGAGAUCGCCAAGAAGCUCGGCACCAUCGACCAGUACAGCCUCGACGACCCGAAGCCUCCGGCCCGCAAGGUCGCGCUCUUCUCGGCCGAUUCGAUCAAGCAUGUCAUGGGCAACCCCAAGUCGUUCCCCCUGAUCUGGAACCGUGGGCUGAACCUCCUCUACCCUGGAAAGAAGGACCUGAGCUGGUUCAUGCUGUGCGGCGAUGAACCCAAGAAUCUCGACCACCGCGACAAGAUGUUGCAGGCCAUGGGCAAGAUUCCCAACAUACGCAAGACCACGGCCGACUUCGUCAGCCGCCUCGGCUCCGAGCUGAUACAGCGGGAGUCGUUCCAGCUGAAGAAGGGGCUCAUCCAGAUGGACGUCGUCCGCGAUGUCUCCAUCCCUCUGAACGCCCAGAUCCUCGCCGACCUGUUCUAUCUUGACCUGCGCACCGACGAGAACCCCAACGGAACCUUCAGCCACGCCGAGCUGUACCGCCACCUGGUCAACAUCCGCAUGUGGGCAUCCAACAACAACAACUCGGCCGAGGCAUGGAACCGCCGACGCCGCGCUCAGGAGAGCGCCACGAAGAUCAUCGAGACCACCCGGAAGCUGGUAGAUGAGGUCUCCUCGUCCCAGGGUUUCGGGCUCGGCGUCAAGUCUCGUCUGUCCAGCAUCACGACCAGAAAGCGCUACCUCAAGGAGGGCUCGCUGAGGUCAUGCGGUUACAAGCUCGUGGAAGAGCUCCUUGCCAAGGGCAACUCUCCCGAGUAUGUCACUGACCAGCUAUGGCUGACGGCCUUUGGUGGCACAGGAGUCCUCACCACGACUUUCUACCAAGUCACGGAAUUCUUCCUGAGACCCGAGAAUGCCUCCAUCUGGAGCGAAGUUCAGUCCCUUGCUGAGAAGGACAAGGACGAUGAGCUCCAGAAGUACGUCUGUGAGGCGCAGCGUCUCACCGCGCCCUUGGCCACCGUCCGCAUUGCCGCUCAAGCGACGGAGCUCGAGGGCGAGUCUAUCAACGCUGGAGACGUUGUCCUCCUCAUGCUUGGCGAGGCUGCACGAAAGUCUCCCGACGUAACCGAUGGUGACAAAUUCGACCCCUGGCGCAAGCCGCCGCAGGUCGAUACCUUCAACGUCGGUCAACACUCGUGCAUAGGCAAGGGGAUCACCCUGACGUUCAUCUCCGGGCUUGUUAAGCUGGUCGCCGGUCUUAAAGAGCUGCGCCCUGCAGAUGGUGAGACUGGUGGGGUGAAGUGCAUCGAGGUCGACAAGGCCCAGAUAUUCCUGAAUGACAAUUGGUCCUAUCUGGCUGCCUAUGCAAACAACUUCAAGGUUCACUUCAGCGGCCAUGGCAAGGGAACCUAUACAUUCAAGGAUGCGUCGGGUAACGAUGUCGAUCUGGGACGGUACUACAACGACAUCAAGCUGCGCAAGGGGAAACAGGAUGCCUAG